AUGGCUACCAAAGCGGAGGCUGAUACGGUUGAGCACGCUUCAGUCGACGUGGCUGAGAACGUCGACGUCAAGCCACGCACUCGAGAUGUCGACGAUGCCUUGAGAUUUGCCACCGAGAGCGAAACCAUUACAUGGACGGAGGCAGAAGAGAAAAAGGUCGUGAGGAAGAUCGACGCUGUUAUACUGUCAUUGCUCUUUGUUGGCUCCAUCGUCUCGUAUGCAGACACGCAAGCCUAUGGCUUUGCUGCUUUAUUUGGCUUGGUCAAAGAUCUCAAAUUGUUUGUUUUGAAGUUGGUUGGGGGCGAGCCGGUGAUCGAAACGUCGAAAUACCAACUUUCUGCAAGCAUCGCAACACUGGGCGCAGUGGCUGGUCAAUAUCCGCUCCUCCUUGUUGCGCAGUAUCUUCCAGUGGGCAGGUUUUUUGGAGCGCUAAUAGCAUACAUCGGCCUGACAGCAAUCCUGGUCAUCGUUUGUACCGACUUUGCGGGAAUCACAGCUCUUCGAUUCUUUACCGGCUUCGCCGUGGCAACCCAGCCACUGUCUAUUAUCAUUACCUCCAUGUGGUGGAAGAACAAAGAGCAACCGCUCCGCGCUGGGAUUUACAUUUCAGGCACAGCAAUCGGCUCCUUGGCGGGACAAGGUAUCGAUUUUGGCGCAGUGCGGCUUGGUGGUGCCUAUGCCAACAACCCCUGGAAAUGGAUCUACGUGAUCCUUGGCUCCGUGACGAUGGGCUAUGGGGUCUUUACGACACUCGUCUUCCCAGCCACGCCUAUGAAAGCAUGGUUCCUGACAGCCAGAGAGAAGGAGAUCGCAGUGCGCAGACUUGUCCAGAACAACACGGGGAUUCAGACCCGCAAAUUCAAAUGGAAGCAAGUCAAAGAGGCUUUUAUGGACCCUCAAUUGUACAUUUACGGGAUCUACGCCUUCACGUUCGCCUUUGUCAAUAACGCGAUUGGAAGCUUCGGCGGCUUUCUGGUGUCGUCUUUCGGAUAUUCAAACUCGAGAGCUCUCAUUCUCACCAUGCCUGCAAGCGCAGUGGCCAUUGUUUGCAUGAUAUCAUCAGGGGUGUUUGGGGCUCUUUUCCCGCGAAGACGGAUCUUGAUCGCGAUGCUCUAUCUCCUGCCCAGCAUGGCGGGCAACAUUCUCCUUUGGAAGAGUGACCGCUCAAACAAGGGGGCACUUCUGGCCGGGCUGUACAUUUCGACCACCCUUUACGGGGCUCUCGUACAGCAAUUCGCCCUCCUCUCCUCCAACAUAGCCGGCCAUACGAAGAAGACGGUCACCAAUGCGACGAUCUUCGUGCUCGCGAAUCUAGGCGGCUUCUCCGGGCCGUGGGCUUACAAGGGCGAUGAAGCUACGCGCGGGUAUCCGACAGGGCAGAUCACGACGCUGAGUUUGCUUUGCGCGAGUCAGGGGGUGUUUGCUCUGCUUUGGUGA